AUGGUAGUCGUAAAUUCCCGUUUAUACCUGGUCGUGCACAUUGCGCCCCAUCUGGCCAACACCUUGACAAACCCGGCUGCAACGGACCUAGGCCACAGGCAGCUCGCCGCGGGCAACCAGAAAGCUAUGUCUGCGGGCAGCCUUCGUGUAGCUACUUACAUGCAGGAGCAUCCCGACGACGCAGCGGAACUACGGGAUCAGCUCAAGUUUUGGAACGAAGUCAUGGACCACCAAGUACCCAUGACCAAGGAACGAGCCGAGGCAACGUUGCCGUUUAUAACGGCACUCGAAUGGGGUCCUCUGUUUACCAACACGAGCCCCCAAUCAUGUUCUGUCCUCCGGGGCUCGAUCCCUUCAAUGUACACUGCUCAUUUCCUACGGCGAAACCAUCCUCCCAUCUUCACGCCGCCCGGGCCGCCGACGAACACCGGCCUCGCCAACCAGUCAAUCUGCAUACGGCUGCGUCCGCCUGCAGCGCACCUGACCGACCCACUGUACAACCGAUUCAACGGCCUCAACACCACCGACAUGACGGCGCAUGCUGCCAUCUAG